GGGGUUUCCAGUUCUCCUGUGGCAAGGCACAUGAUUUGGAAUCAAGUUACCAAAUCCAAGUGGAGAAAAUGAAUUUCUAUUACAUUACAAUGUUGCGCGAUCCAGUGUCUCGGUACCUGAGCGAGUGGAAACAUGUCCAGAGAGGGGCCACAUGGAAAACCUCCCUCCACAUGUGCGAUGGGAGAAGUCCCACGCCUGAUGAGCUGCCCACCUGUUACCCUGGGGAUGACUGGUCUGGGGUCAGCUUGCGGGAGUUCAUGGACUGCACCUACAACCUGGCCAACAACCGCCAGGUGCGCAUGCUGGCUGACCUUAGCCUGGUGGGCUGCUACAACUUGACUUUCAUGAACGAGAGUGAGAGAAACACCAUCCUGUUGCAGAGUGCCAAAAACAACCUGAAGAACAUGGCCUUCUUUGGGCUCACGGAAUUCCAGAGAAAGACACAGUUUCUCUUUGAGAGGACAUUCAACCUCAAGUUCAUCUCUCCCUUCACACAGUUCAACAUCACGCGGGCUUCCAAUGUGGAGAUUAAUGAGGGUGCCCGCCAGCGAAUCGAAGAGCUAAACUUCCUGGACAUGCAGCUUUAUGAGUACGCAAAAGAUCUGUUCCAGCAGCGUUACCACCACACCAAGCAGCUAGAGCACCAGAGGGACCGGCAAAAGAGACGGGAGGAGAGGAGGGUGCAGCGGGAGCAUAGGGGCCAUCGGUGGCCCAAAGAGGAUGGGAACAUGGAGGGGGCAGUCACUGAGGACUACAACAGCCAAGUGGUGAGAUGGUGACCCCAUGCCCGCUCCUCCCACUGGAGGGGGACGGUGCGCAGGAGCACUGACCUGUGGCAUUCCGUUGGCGACUGUUGGGCCCUUCUGAGAACACCUGGCUGGAUAUGGCUUGAUUUGGACACCUGCUUCCUCUUUGUCUUCAUCUUUAUCCAGCUGGAGAUGAUCGGUCUUGUGCUUCUUUUUUUCCUGACACUUUUCCAUCUGCGAUAUUAACUAGGGUAGGAAUGCAUCCAGUAUGUACCACUGUAGAAGGUCAAGGAGAGAAGCGCCGAAAAGGAAACCGUCCGUGCAAUUUCCUUUACAGAAGCAUAGGUUAAGAGUUCGGGCAACUGCAACCCACAGAGGCACACAUGAAAAGCCAAAUGAGGGCUUGGAUAUUUUGCUGAAACUGGUCUAUUUCAUGCUAUCUCUGUAAUGGAAACAUUGGUCUAUUUAAAGAGAGAGAAAAAGAAGUCCCUUAUAGACCUUAUCACGGGGUUUUAGGCCAACCCUCACUUUGCUGUUGACCGUCACCUUUGAACUCUAUUUGAAUGUGGUUUAAAUUGUAAGAAGAGUAAUGUGUUUUGUUGUUGUGGUCUUUUAAAACAAGAUUGCUAUUGACCAUCACUAUUCACAUCCUACAAAGCCCUGCAUCCUAGCCCUGAGACAUGCUUCCUAUCUCCACAUUUUAGGGAACAGGGAGUGGAUUCAGGACUGAGGUGCUUUGGGCUCCUGAGAAGUGGACCUUGGUAGGGACAUUUAGGAGAAAAUGUGUUUAUUAACUAAUGUCUAAGGAGAUUACACUUUACCAAGUUUUAUUUUCAAUGUAAGGGAUGAAUGAUAAGGGAGAAAAAGGCAGGACGAUAACUAUAUGUCUAACAUUUGCAAACUGGCUACAGAACCUGAGUUAAAGAAUAAUUCUGAGUUAUACCUCGUGGGAGCAGUCAUCUUUGAUAUGAUAUUGCCAGGUUUGAAAUGCUGCUAUCAGAGAGGAAAAGACAUUUAAAAAGAAUUUGGCCUAAAGAAUAGGACCUUAGCUAGCAGGUAUUAAAAAUAUAUAUUGGAGGUCCCUAAAUAAAUCAUAAUUUUGAUUUAGGCCAGGAGACAUGGAACACAAUAGGCCAAGAGUUUAAAAAGACUCUGCCUCCUGAAAUCUUAAAUAUUUCUAGUCUGAUAACUUUUUCCUCCCCACAUGGUCUUUAUCUGUUGUUAGACUGUGGCUACAGCUGAUGAAUUGGGCUAGAGUGUAUAAAACUGAACCAAAAAAUGUGUUGCAUUGCCACAUGCUUCUCAUUUCCACCUUUUCCCAACCACAACUACAAUAGCGCAAAGUUUUUUAACAAUAAGGGGAGAAGGACAGAAGAGGAAAACGAGAGCUCUUGCCUAGCUUUCAGUAGGAGGACCAGAGUGAGGAAAAAGUCUCACAACAGAUUGAUCCGAUCAAUCCUCUCAAGGAGCUGAAGAAAAAUGAGCGAAAUCCCCAAAUCAGAAAAGCCUAUUUCAUUGAUAUCUAACAUGUUUGAUGUUUAAGCCAGCUUUGUAAAAGCCACGUCUCAACUUCCAGAAUACUCUCUCUGGGGUUGAGAGUCAAUCAGCCCACAAGCAUUCAUGGAGUGGCUGCCUGCACAGAGGGGAGCCUAGUGCCUCCAUCAAAGAGAGAUUUAGACAAGACACUUCUCCCACUACCCUUGACUUCAUCUGUCAUGUGAGGGAAGGCAUUAUUGGGAAUCUCCCUUUUCCAAGAAACUGUGGGAGGCCCUUUUCAUACUUUAAAUCUAUUCACAACAAGGUACAUAUUAUUAGUCCGAAUUUCACAGAUGAAAAAAGUGAAACCCACUGACAGUAAGUGCUUCCUGGUGGAUUGUACACUAGGUCUGGCUGACUGCAAAGCUCAAGCUCUUUUUACCCCAUCAUGUUUUCCAUAAGGGAUAAAAGCUUCCUGCCAAUCAUGCAAGAAUCCAGCUGUCAUUGCCCAGAAGGGUAUGUCUCUAUCUCAUGUGGCUGGCACAACUGUGACAGCACCAAGCUGGCAGUGACCCAGAGCCAAGCUGCUUUGAGUAAGUCCAGCCCUCUCCACAUCACCUACCCAUCAACCAGCUGAGAGAUUAAUGACGUUUUAGGUAAUUGUACUUUUUGAGCCAUGUAUGAGGGUGAGUUAAAGGGGCAAAUAAAUAUUGCUUGUUAGUUGGUUGAGAUUAAUCUCACAGAAUAUCAAUGCUACUUUUUCCGAAGAUUUGUUCCUAAAUUAAGGAGGGAAGGAGGAUUACAGGUGGGAUUAAUGAGCAGCUCUCUCUCUCUAUCUUCACAUUUCAGUGUUAGGAUAUAAUGUUCUGCCUAGAAUGGCAGGUCUGCAAAUUAUCAUUCUGCCUGCCACUAUGACACACGCAUGCACGCACACACACAUGUACACACAAUAACAAUCCAGUGCUUUGUUAUGUGGGAAAUCAAAACAGGCUAGAAAGCAUUCCGAUUGUUUCUUUUAAACUCACUAAAUUUUUGGCAGAGAAUUCAUGCAUAGUGAGACUUGGAGGCAGCCUCUGCGAACUUCACGCUGUUACUUAGGCACCUCAGGAUUUAUAUGAAAAGGUUUUCCACGGCCUCACUGCUAAAGGCAUAAUGUAUGGUGCUCCACUGGAGACCACGUAGCAAGAUGUUCAGAGAAGAAACCAUUGCUUCGUGUUGGCCCCAGGCCGGUGCUGAGCAAAUUAAAGAAGACCGACAAGGGCUUCCUCCCUCAUAUCAUUUCGUUCUAAAGCAGCACACUUGUCAUAUCCCUGGGGUCCUAUGUUGAUAGAAAUGAAGAGGUAAGGAUGCAGUUUGUUCUCUGAAAAUUGACUGCACACCUACAUGCGGAAUGCAACUCGGGGAAGUGAUGCCAACAGAAGGCGUCUAGGCCUGAGGAUCCAUGGGAAGUCAGCAGCCGUAAGAUCCCAAACCAAAUCAAUUCCAGAUACAUUAGUGCUAAAAACCCAAGAAGAAGGGGGGAAAAAUUCCCCAGGGAGUUCCACAUCCUAUUGUCUCUUGCAACUCCCAGGUAAACGUUCCUCUUCUUCUCUUGGAAAUGGCAGCCCCAGUAACCAGAUUGGGAUGAGGUGUCUGCUUAAAUAAUUGUUAUUAUUAUUAUUAUUACUGACUAAGGUACCUAGUAUCUAUUCUGCCUCCUUCUCAUUUUUUGGUAACCUCCACUUGGUAACUGGAGAAAACCUGCCCUGAGAAUUACUUGGAUUCUCUUUCUAAUAAUUAAUAACAUUAGCAAUUAGUGUUAGGCAACAGCUAAGGAUAAUCAUGCGUGCAAUGAAAAAUUAUAAAAAUGUGCUUUUUAAUAUCUAAAGAUGGUAACUUUGUCACAAAUAGUUUGAUCAAAGGCUUGAAAUAUGAGGAUUUAUUGAAAAGUCUGUCUAGAGGUCCUAUGACUGUGAGGAAGAAGGUCUACCAGCUAGACCUAGCAAGGAGGUGAGCAUAGAUCAUUCAAAAAUAACUAUAAGUCUAUUGGGUAGGGUUCCCAUUUGGCUGCUUUAGAAGAGGAACUCAAAAUACUAAUGACUUCAAUAAGAUUGAAGUGAUUACUCGCUCACUUAAAAGACAAAACUGAUUGGUAACACUGGUGUUAACACUGGUGUGUUACCAGACACACCAGAAGCCCUCUCCUGUUGCUUUUUUAUCCCAGUGUGCAGCUUCCAUCUCAUGGCCCAACAUGACUGCUGCAGCUCCUACCAUCUCAUUUACAUUUUAGACAGCAGAGAGGAAAUGGAGAGAAGUUUCAUAUAUCACUUCUAGUCACAUCUUGUGGGCUAGAACCUAUCCAUUAGCAACAUUUAGCUGCAAAGAAAGCCAGGAAGCAUCUCUAUUAUUGGUUGUCAUGUGCCUUGAUAAAUAUGAGGGUUCUAUUAUCAAAGAAACAAUGUGAAAAUUAAUACUGAUAAAAACUAUCAGUAUCUGACACAAAAGGGAAUUGAAAAAAUAUGUCAAGUGCUUUUCAAUGUCAUCUGUUUUGUCAUGUUUUACAAAGGAUAAGAUUAAAAUUCAUUACUUUGUAUAGUAGUUAAUGCUUUUCAAAACAUUUUUACAUUUAGUAUCUCAUUGAUCUUCCCUACAUUCUGGUAUGUUAAGUGGGACUUCUAUUCAUUACCCAUUGGAUAGUUUGACAUGGAGAUUCAGAGAUGUCAAAAGAUUUCCCCAAAAUUUCUAGUUUACUGUCAAGAAAGUUGCUCACAGCUCCAGUCUUUUGAUUUCUUAGCCUUUCCUACUACGUUAUACUACUCAGCAUCAGUGUUGGGGUUGGGGAUUACUAGAAUAUGAAAUCUCAAUCUUUAUUGCUUUGUAUCUUUCCUUACCUUCUCAUGGAACUGACUUAGAUAAUGCCAACAAGACUGGUGGAGUUGGCCAUUAACUCCCUCCUCCAGUGAAGGGGCCUGUUUUUAGGAGUGAAAUGGCCAAAAGAUGAGCAAUGUUGCAGGGGUGAGCGAGAAGCACAGGCGCCCAAACACCUGUUGGAUGUCGACCCCAUCCAAUCCAAAAACUAUUCAAGAUGAGGGCUGAGGAAAUAUGCUCGCAGCCCCUUAGGGAAGCUCAGUGUUAGAAAUAUUUAGAAUUAAGUAGGAGCCUGAAUAGUGAAGCUUAAGGGGUGAUCAAUAGAACCCCUGCUCUGACAAUUUCUCUUUCUUGCUACAUUUUCCCUACGUCCCUGGAAUUUUAUCAGCAAUUUAUUGCUUCGGUUCUAAUGAGUCCCUUUGCACAUUUGCUGGGAAGAGGAAAUGCUUUAAGGUGUCAUAAGCUAACACCACACAGAGAGUUUAUCUGAUUCCUUUCCACCUGUGACCUCUAACUGGGAAGAAGGUCCUGUAUAAUGGGGUCAUAACAGAGGUGGAGGUCAGUGAGUGUACGGGUAACUAUAGUAAAAAAAAAAAAGGAGGACCCUGGAAAAGGACGCCGAUCUUGCAAAGGUAGAAAGAUGAGGAAUUACAAAUGUACUAGAAAAUAUUGAAGAAUGGAAAGAGACUAAUGUUCAGCUUCUGUCCUCAAGAACAAGGGCAGGCUGGAGACUAAUUCUUUUGACCGUUUAAAAGAGCAAAAAAGGACAUGAGGCUCCUAAGAUAGGACCAGAGCAUUGGGACAGUUUUAGGGCCUGAAGUAAAGGCUGACUGAGUUGGAGGCGUUGGAUCAGAGAGAAAGCUGGGUCAGACAUAUAGGCAGAGAAUCCCCUGAUCUGAUCACAGCAGUGUCUCUAAGCUUUUCCUUUCUCACACUUAUUGUGCCUCCACCAGUCACCAGAACGCCAAAUGAAAGGCUCCAGGCUGGGUGUCAGGGCUGGCUGAAGUCUAACAACUCUAUCCAGUUGCGUCCCCUCUGGGGAACAUGCAAAGAUUCUUUCUCCAAGGCACUUUCAGCUUUUCUCCUUAUCCCCUUCCUCCAUCUCUCCUGGACAUAAGCCUGCUAUUAUUCUCUCAGCACAUUCACCUGGACACAUCUGAACUGAUUCCCUAAAACUUUGAAUUAACCCUCUGGGCCAGUGUGGGAAGGGUUCUGAGACCUGUGUGUUUUGUAGCCUAAUGGAUGGAAUGCACAUGGACCCAUCUUCAUGACACAUUGACAGAACCAACUGACCUUGCAGAGGUGUUGAGAUUUCCAGCAGACUCACCUCACUAUGAACACCAGCAACAUCUGCAAGAAAAAUGCCCGUGAACUUCCAGGCAAGGACUUGAGGUAACCUAACAGAACGGCAGCUCUGAGAAUGUGGAAGCUCAGAUGUUUCUGGAGCAUAUAUUCUAAGUUGUCUGUGGAAAAGACUGCAACUGUCAUCUUUUGACACAGUAAGUGGAGACUCUGUGAGUUCCAUGUUCUGCUGCACUGUAGGAACUCAUCAGAUGUCAGUGCUGAAAAACUUCCGUUCCUGCCAGGGAAAACCGUGUUCUGAGGUAGCAGAGUUUGUGUGAUUUAGUCAUUGUCACAUUUGUCUCCCACCAACUUGUCGUUAUUUUUUUAAAUCAUGUGAUCAUCUUUUCUUUCCUUCUCCCCUUUGCCCCCUGCCCCGGACGUACUUUUUUGGGUUUUGCUUGCAUUAUUUUUCAUUCAAUGUAUCAAAGAUUAAAAAAAAAAUGUUGGAAAGAAAAAUCUGGACUUUUAUCUGGUGCCCCAUUUUAGAUGUAAAGAUAGUUAUUCAAUAGAUAGUAAAUUAUUUCUCCUAAGAGGUAUUUCCUUUUGUUUCUGUGCAAUACUAUGUAUGAACUUGGGUACUAGGAGAUUGUAUUGUGACAUUAUCAAUCCUUACUGCUAUUUAAAAAUGAUAGUUUGUAGAACUGAGGAUUUCCAUUGAUGUGAAGCACAAUUUAAUGAAUAAGUUAACAUAUUAAACUGUUGUGGUGUCAAAAACAA